GGACGGAGGAAAAUUGACGGUCUUAAGAAUAUCCAUCCAUGUAUUCCUCUCAACACGGAUGUUGGUCUCGCGUGGAUACAUAAAUGGGGACACUCAUCAAAUCGUUCAACCACCCAGCGCACCUCACGUUCAUCCACGACAAGUGUGUGGAUGGGAUGGAUCGGAUGGGGGGAUGCAUGGGCAGACAGAUGGCGAGGACGCACUCGCGCAGGCACAUCGUCCAACAUCCGCCCGAAAAAUCGGCACUCAGCCACACACGAUAAAGCACACAAAUACAGACAGCUCUCUGGCUCAUGUAUAUUUCCUCUCUACAAGGCCUUCAGGUGCCCGACAAAAGUGUCCCCAUACGUCUUGACGAAGGCCCACCAGCCGCCAUGCACCACCACCUCGGCCAUCUCCCCCGCCUCCCUCGGCGGCAGCAAACUCAUCGUGUGCGCGUUGCGGGGCAGCGGGCGGGCAUCCGCACCGCCCGCCACACUCACACUCUCCCAUCGCCAUGGGUCCGUGUCGGUCCGGAGAAGAAAAGCCUCAUCCAGAGGCUGCAGACCCUCCAUCUCGCCUUCCUGACCGGGUCUCUCAGCGCCGCCCCACAUGAGCACCCCGUUGUCGACCUUGACCAUGGCCGUGGAGCAGCAGGGCCCUGGCCCCUGGCCCUCUAUCUUACUGGUCAUGUCGGUCCACUUGUUGUCCUGCAGGUCGAUGGUCCACACGUCGUUGAGGAAGCCGCCUCGCUGCGGGGCGCCGCCGAAUAUCAGCAGGGUGCGGUCGUCCAAAGCAACCAUGCUGUGCAGACCGCGGCUCGCCGGCGGAGAGGCACCACUCGGGGAAGAGAUCUGUGCGCGAGCAAGAUGGAGAGAUGGUGUUCAAGAGGAUCCGUGUGUGAGUGUGGCCGAAUCAUGUACCGGCAGCUUUUCGACGGUCUCGUUCUGUGUGUCGAUGACCAGGAUGUCGUCAAGAGACCUGACAAGAGAUGGCGCAUGGUGUAGUGUGCAUACCAUUGCUGCGGCGCGUGUGUGUUGGUAGGUACCUGUGUGUGUGUAGGUAGAUUUUCUUGCCGAUGACGGCGGCCUGAAAGCGCGAUAUCGGCUGCAGCUGCUCCUGCAAGCCGGGGUGAGACGACCACCUGACGAAGAGCAAAAGAAAGACAAAGCGUAGGACAGGUGCAUGAGUGCGUGUCAGCUCACUCACUUGUAUGUGUUGAGAUCGAGCGUCCAGACGUCAUUCAAGAUGGUGCUGGGACCUGCAACACACACAGGGCGAUGCAAUGCACGCAGCACUUGCGGUCUCGCCUUCCUUUCUUGUGCAGCCCGACCCUCUGCGCCUGACGGGUUCCAGCCGCCGAUGAGCCACAUCUUGUCAUCCACUACAACUGACACAUACCAUACACACACAGAGAAACCAUCCAUCUGCCCAUCAGUGCAGUGCAUCCACCGCACCGCAUCUCCCCCCAACCACUCACUCACCGGUCUGCGCCACGAGUCGCGGCUGCGGCACGUCCCCCUCAUAGGCUAUCUGCUUCCACUCGUCCUUGUCGACAGAGUAGAGCCAGCCCUCGUUGGUCACUUCACGCUUCGGCACCUGGCCCAUGGGCCCGCGGUCCUCCAUUAGCGACUCAUCCUCCGUGUACCCGCCAAACACCAACACGUCAUACUCGUGACCUGCAAACACACACACACACACACACACACACACAGACACACACAGACACAAGGAGAGAGGCUCAUCGAUGCCGUGUCAUGAUGCAUUAUCUGUGUGUACCUUUGGGCAGAGUGACGGCGCAGUGUCCCGAUCUGGGCAGGGUGGGGCUGCUGGUGAUGCCUUUCGCCUCCCACGUCAGCUCCACAGUCGGGGCUGCCAUCGUGCAUGGGCGAGAAUGACGUGCGUGGCGACGACGCGAUGAGAGGAAGGAUGAAGUCGCACGAGGGGAGGAGAGGAAAGACGGCGGCUGAACACACACAGGCACAGAGCACAACCAUGCAUGUAGAAUGCCUGACAGACUGUGGAGAUGAUUCAGGGUGUGAAAAGCUUACGUGUUGUCGGUGUGUGGCGCUGACGGCCUUUGCUGCGGGGAUGCUGAGGACGAAGAUGAGAUUUGCGAAGAUCAUUGCGGCUUGUCC